AUGAAUCUCUCACUCAAUCAUCGCACAAUCCAAUAGAGCUAACUGCAGCCCUAUUGACGUCUUCCCUCACCGGCACCUCUUGUCAUCUCUCAGAUCUAUCGCAGCCUAUAGGCGGCAACCCAAAGCCUAGUGAGCCUAGUGAGCCUCGCCGCCCUUCACCGCCAAGUCGGCAGAUCCACCGUUUUCUUCAUUUCCAUCGCAGGGGGCCAACUCUUCGAACUCCUCCCCGCUUCAUCACUCCUCAUAUUAUCGAGUCUUAACUUGCGCACCCUCGAUCUCAACCCAUUUCACCUCGCCGUCAUCGUUGCCGCUGGAUCGUCCUCUGCACAGAUUCUCGCCUUCUGCAGAUCGUCUCCUUCUCCUCAUACUCCCUUCGACUCGACGAUGACUGUUACCUGACAACAACCGACCGACGGACAGAUCUACAGCCACGAUGAUUCAGACACAGCAUCUUUACUCGCAUCAACAGCAGUACAGCCAGCAUGAGCAAUCCCCAUGGCAGCAUGGUGGUCCGCAGCAAGGCAUGAGUCAUGGCUCUCAGCAAGCUCAAGCCCAGGCGGCUGCAGCUGCGGCGGCUGCUGCUCAACAGCAACACUACUCUCGCAUCGCCAUGAACCAGAACCACAACUCGUCUCAAGCUCAAGCCAGCAACCGACAGACCUCGGGCGACAACGCGCAGAACUCCUUGGGUGCUUCACUCAUACAUGAACGAGGUUCGCCUGGCCACGAUGAUGAAAAUCGCAAAGUCUUACAAUGGGUUUCAGAAUUGAUGGAUCCGCUCCGACGAGAAGGUGCUCUGAUGGAACUCAGCAAGAAGAGAGAGCAAGUUCCAGAGCUUGCUUUGGUUCUCUGGCACAGCUUUGGCGUCAUGACCAGUUUGCUUCAGGAGAUCAUAUCAGUUUAUCCUCUCUUGAAUCCAAGUCAACUCACUGCUGCCGCCAGCAAUCGUGUCUGUAACGCGUUGGCCCUGCUGCAGUGUGUUGCAAGUCACAACGAGACUCGAGGCCUAUUCUUGAAUGCACAUAUUCCGCUAUUCCUCUAUCCUUUUCUGAAUACCACCUCCAAAUCCAGGCCCUUCGAAUAUCUGAGACUCACUUCUUUGGGCGUGAUCGGUGCCCUAGUCAAGAACGAACCGUCCGCCAGCGUGUCCAUCAAUCCCAACGGAACCCCAGGAAAUACCAACAAUUCUUCUCCAACAAUCACGUUUCUCUUGACCACUGAGAUCAUCCCGCUAUGCCUUCGAAUCAUGGAAACUGGCAGCGAACUCUCAAAGACAGUUGCUAUCUUCAUCGUCCAAAAGAUCCUGCUUGACGACACUGGUCUUGGAUACAUCUGUGCCACCUAUGAGAGAUUCUAUGCUGUCGGUACUGUUCUGAGCAACAUGGUGAUUGGCCUCGUCGAGACACAAACAGUACGUCUCUUAAAGCAUGUUGUUAGAUGCUUCCUCCGUUUGAGUGACAACAAUCGAGCUCGUCAAGCGUUGCGACAAUGUCUUCCGGAACCACUGCGCGACGCCACAUUUUCCAAUGUGCUUCGAGAUGAUGCUGCCACCAAGCGCUGUCUGGCUCAGCUUCUCAUCAAUCUCAGCGACACAGUCAGCGAUACCCAGAACGACCAGUUCGAGUGAAGCCCCGAGUCGUGCUUGACUGGGCUCAAAUUGAUCUGCUUUGCGAAGAUACGACAUGAUACCCUUCAAGACAGUGACGAAUCUUUUUCUUUUCAGCAUUGCGAGCGGCGAUUAACGACAGAGAAGGCAUAACAUGAAUUCAGGAAAUUGGAGUACUUGCAGGUUUUCCUUCUCUGCGCAACGUGGGAUGCUACCUCGAAUCAGCAUAGAGAUUAGAUACCCCGUGGGAUGGCUUCGCUAGUCGAGCCAUUAACCUCCUCACAUCAUUUCCUUAUGGUCAUCCUACCACCAUUGAGCGGAGAAGAGACUUGCUUACCAGAAAAAUGUAACAAGAGGCAUGCAUGGGGUUAGCACCUGAAAUUGGUUGGGAGUUGGGAGAGAAAAGUUCUUUAUUGGUGCUGUUUUCUGCUUUGGUGAUUGCCAUUUGUUCUAAUGUUUGGAGGCAAACAAAUUUUACAAGAUCGUGAUUCUCUAGCCUCAGCCUACCAGGCUGGCACGAGGCUGAUCGUUUUGGAUGUCGCGACACAGGUCUAUCACAAUGGAUCGCGCAGUCAUACGGAAGGAAAGUCACAAUCCUCGCGCGUUCAGGACGAGAGGCGCCAUCGACGUAUCCGCGUUGAUCAAAAAUUCGCCACUCUUGAGGGUACACAACGGGGUCAGCCCUUCACGAUCAAGAGAACUUACAGCUUUGGGGAUGUCUGGCUCACUGGCGAGGACACUGGCUUCACGGAACGAGUCCACCGACGACAAGAUGGUGGUGAUGAACGUCACUCGUUGUUAUUCCUUUGGGCCUUUGAAGCUGUUGACUGUUAUUUGCGACAAUGUAUCAUGUACUUCAUAACACGAAGAAUUUUGUCCUUUUCUUCAUAUCUUGCACAAACACAAUUGAGAAACAUAGCAUAUUCAUUCACUCAAG